GCACCAGGAGCUACUUAAAGGGGAAUAGUAGCAUUAUAAGAGCUGUAGUGAGGCCCUCUCUCAGGUGUCCUGAGGAGGACAUGGAGGACAUUUACAUCAUGUCCACAUAAAACCUAUAAGCUUUUUCUUCAGCUGUGACUGCACUGACAGAGAAACCUUCUACGUAUCCCUGAAGCCGACUGUCGGGGGCCAUGUUCUCGGCGCAAGCCGCCCCAUCCGCGCAGAGCCUCCUGGCCUCGCCAUCCGCAGUGCCCUCCACUUUCGCCCGCGUGCCAGUCUCCAACUACACCAACUGUUCACAGACCUUCAGGCUCGGAGAGCGGACGUUCAAUAGGCAGUAUGCCCAUAUCUAUGCUACACGGCUAAUUCAGAUGAGGCCGUUGUUGGUGGAGAGAGCACGUCGCACGUGGGGAAGCAACAUUACAGUGAAGAAACUUUGUGAACUGCAAGUAGCAGAGAAGUGCUGUGUAGUGGGAACACUCUUCAAAUCUAUGCAGCUUCAGCCAUCCAUCCUGCGGGAAAUCAGUGAAGAGCACAAUCUGCCACCACAGCCUCCCCGUACCAAGUACAUCCACCAGUCAGAUGAGCUGAUUUUGGAGGAUGAACUGCAGCGAAUCAAACUAGAAGGAGACAUACAAAUUGACAAGUUGGUGACAGGGACCAUUCUUGCUGUCUAUGGCUCAGAGAGGGAUGAUGGUAAAUUCCUUGUUGAAGGUCACUGCUUCGCAGAUAUGCCCACCCAGCUGCCUAUGAUGGGGCCCAACAUGGACAGGUUUGUUUUGCUGGUGUCAGGCCUUGGCCUUGGUGGCAAGAGUGGAGAAAGUCUCCUGGGUAUGCAGCUCCUUGUAGACAUGGUGACAGGACAGCUGGGUGCAGAAGGUGAACAGUCCAGUGCAGCCCUCAUUUCUCGAGUCAUUCUGGCAGGCAAUUUGCUCAGUCAGAAUACCCAGAGCAGAGACACCAUGAAUAAGGCAAAGUAUCUGACCAAGAAGACUCAGGCUGCCAGUGUGGAGGCUGUGAAAAUGCUGGAUGAAAUUCUGCUGCAGCUUAGUAUGUCUGUACCUGUAGAUGUAAUGCCUGGAGAAUUUGAUCCCACCAACUACACUUUGCCCCAGCAGCCGCUUCAUCACUGCAUGUUUCCUCUGUCAAGUGCCUACUCCACGCUGCAGCUGGUCACCAACCCCUACCAAGCUAAUAUCGAUGGGGUUAGAUUUUUGGGGACUUCAGGCCAGAACAUUAGUGACAUCUUCAAAUACAGCAGCAUGUCUGACUAUUUGGAAAUCCUAGAAUGGACCUUACGGAUUGGGCAUCUCAGCCCCACAGCCCCUGACACACUUGGCUGCUACCCGUUUUACAAGACAGACCCUUUCAUCUUCACUGACUGCCCUCAUGUCUAUUUCUGUGGGAAUGCCCCUUCCUUCAAAUCCAAAGUGGCCAAAGGUGAUGAUGGUCAGAAAGUCUUGUUGUUGACCCUUCCUGAUUUUAGCACAACACAGACUGCUUGCUUGAUCAAUCUGCGUGACCUCACCUGCCAGCCAGUUAGUUUCUCUGCCUUUGGUGUCAAUGACAGUGAUGAGGAAGAAGCUAUGAUAAUGGAGACUGACCAGUAGGAGGCAUGAUUUCUUGCUGCCUUGCCAGAUGGGGGGGCUUGGUGCCAUAUCCUACCCCCCACUAUGGUAUAUUUGAACUCUUGGCAGAGAGAAGACUACAUUAAAAAGUAUACCAUCUA